AUUUAAACUGAAAUCAUAAAUGAACCAAAAGCUUAGACCUCUCAACUAAAUUUUGCAAAGAGCAGAAAUAAACUCUUUCUAAAAAGCAUUUGUGUUUUUUAACCAAAAGCAAAACCACCGUCGUCGAUGACCAGGAUACGGAGGUCUCCGUGUCUACUACUCCUCAUUAUCUGGUUCAUGUGUAUUGCCGGUUCGGUUCAGGUGGUUCAAUCUCAAAACCAAACCGGAGCCACUACUCAUCCCGACGAAGCGCGAGCUUUGAACUCAAUUUUCGCGGCUUGGAAGAUCCAGGCGCCGAGAGAAUGGAACAUCAGCGGCGAACUUUGCUCCGGCGCCGCUAUCGACGCCAGUGUACUCGACAGCAACCCUGCCUACAAUCCUCUCAUCAAAUGCGACUGUAGUUUCCAAAACUCCACAAUCUGCCGCAUCACUAACAUCAAGGUUUAUGCGAUAGAUGUUGUAGGACCUAUCCCUCCAGAGCUCUGGACUUUAACAUACCUCACCAAUCUGAACUUGGGUCAAAAUGUUCUCACUGGCUCACUUCCUCCUGCAAUUGGAAAUCUGACUCGAAUGCAAUGGAUGACUUUUGGGAUCAAUGCGUUGUCUGGCCCUGUUCCUAAGGAAAUUGGUUUGCUUACAGAUUUAAGAUUACUUGGUAUUAGUUCAAAUAACUUUUCCGGUUCUAUACCAGAUGAGAUUGGGAGAUGUACAAAACUACAACAGAUGUACAUAGAUAGUUCUGGACUCAGCGGGAGAAUACCUUUAUCAUUUGCUAACCUCGUGCAGCUGGAACAAGCUUGGAUCGCGGAUCUGGAAGUUACAGAUCAGAUACCAGACUUUAUAGGAGAUUGGACCAAACUUACUACCUUGAGAAUUAUUGGAACUGGUCUGAGUGGUCCGAUACCUUCGUCAUUUUCCAACUUGACUUCGUUGACAGAAUUGAGGCUUGGUGAUAUAUCCAGUGGAAGCUCUUCUCUUGAUUUCAUCAAAGACAUGAAAUCUCUUAGUGUAUUAGUUUUGAGGAACAACAAUCUCACUGGGACAAUACCGUCUACUAUUGGAGAACACUCAAGUUUGCGACAAGUUGAUUUAAGCUUCAACAAACUACAUGGACCAAUUCCGGCUUCACUUUUCAACUUAAGUCAGCUUACUCACUUGUUUCUGGGAAACAACACGUUGAAUGGCUCCUUUCCCACUCAAAAGACGCAGUCUCUGAGAAAUGUAGAUGUGUCGUACAAUGAUUUGUCUGGAAGUCUUCCUUCAUGGGUCAGCUUACCAAGCUUGAAACUCAACCUAGUUGCUAACAACUUCACAUUAGAAGGUCUUGACAACAGGGUUUUACCAGGACUGAACUGCCUGCAGAAAAACUUCCCCUGCAAUCGAGGCAAAGGAAUCUAUUCUGACUUUUCAAUCAACUGCGGAGGCCCAGAGAAAAGAUCUGUAACUGGAGCACUAUUUGAGAGGGAGGAUGAGGAUUUUGGACCAGCUUCAUUUUUCGUGAGUGCUGGUCAGAGAUGGGCAGCUAGUAGUGUAGGACUUUUUGCCGGAAGUAGCAACAAUAUAUACAUAGCUACUUCACAAUCACAAUUUGUCAACACUUUGGACUCAGAGCUAUUUCAAUCAGCAAGACUUUCUGCAUCUUCCGUAAGGUAUUAUGGGUUGGGGCUAGAAAAUGGAGGAUAUACAGUAACCCUUCAGUUUGCUGAAAUACAAAUUCUAGGUUCUACUUCUACCACUUGGAAAGGUUUGGGACGACGACGUUUUGACAUUUAUGUCCAGGGAAGACUUGUUGAAAAGGAUUUUGAUGUACGUAGAACAGCUGGUGACUCUACUGUUAGAGCAGUUCAGAGAGUAUAUAAGGCAAAUGUAUCAGAAAAUCACCUCGAAGUUCAUCUUUUCUGGGCUGGGAAAGGAACAUGUUGUAUACCUAUCCAAGGGGCUUAUGGACCAUUAAUAUCAGCAGUCAGUGCAACACCAGAUUUCACACCAACUGUGGCGAAUAAGCCACCAUCAAAAGGAAAGAACAGGACUGGUACUAUUGUGGGCGUCAUUGUUGGCGUAGGACUUUUGAGCAUCCUUGCGGGUGUGGUCAUGUUUACUAUCCGAAAAAGAAGAAAACGGUACACAGAUGAUGAAGAGCUACUUGGUAUGGACGUAAAGCCUUACAUCUUUACUUAUUCGGAACUUAAAAGUGCAACUCAAGAUUUUGAUCCCUCAAACAAGCUUGGAGAGGGGGGAUUUGGGCCUGUUUAUAAGGGAAACCUUAAUGAUGGAAGAGUGGUCGCGGUGAAGCUAUUGUCGGUGGGAUCCCGUCAAGGGAAGGGACAAUUUGUUGCAGAAAUUGUAGCAAUUUCUUCAGUUCUACAUCGCAACCUAGUAAAACUUUAUGGGUGCUGCUUUGAAGGAGAGCAUCGUAUGCUCGUAUAUGAGUAUCUACCUAAUGGAAGUCUUGAUCAGGCGCUAUUUGGGGAUAAGACCUUACAUCUUGAUUGGUCAACCCGUUAUGAGAUAUGCCUGGGAGUAGCCAGAGGUCUAGUUUAUCUCCACGAGGAGGCGAGUGUUCGCAUAGUACACAGGGAUGUGAAGGCCAGUAACAUUUUGCUCGACUCUAGACUGGUCCCACAAAUUUCUGAUUUUGGACUUGCAAAACUGUACGAUGACAAGAAAACCCACAUAAGUACCCGAGUGGCAGGGACGAUUGGGUAUCUUGCGCCAGAGUAUGCCAUGCGUGGACAUCUAACAGAGAAAACGGAUGUGUAUGCCUUUGGUGUUGUGGCUCUUGAGCUAGUGAGUGGAAGGCCAAACUCUGAUGAGAAUCUGGAGGAGGAAAAAAAAUAUCUUCUUGAAUGGGCAUGGAAUUUACACGAGAAAAGCCGUGACAUUGAACUAAUCGAUGAUAAGCUGACUGAUUUCAACAUGGAAGAAGCAAAGCGCAUGAUUGGCAUUGCUCUGUUGUGCACACAGACAUCUCAUGCCUUGAGGCCACCAAUGUCACGAGUGGUGGCCAUGCUUUCAGGAGAUGUUGAGAUCGGUGAUGUCACUUCUAAGCCAGGCUACGUAAGCGACUGGAGAUUUGAUGACACCACAGGCUCAUCUCUCAGCGGAUUUCAAAUCAAAGACACAACAGGCUAUUCCAUGAGCCUUGUGGCGCCUGGCUCCGAGAUAUCACCCAGAGACAGCGACUUUAAGCCAAUGCUUGGAUCCAAGAUCAAUGAGGGAAGAUGACAAUGUAUCAUCUACGAUUUAUGGCUAUAGAGAUGUUUGUAUAUAUGUAAGAUGACAAUUUUGUACAAAAAAAAAAAGGGAUUGACAAUUUUCAUCUUUGAUUGGGAAAAACAGAUUUCACUUUGAUUCGAUAAUAAUAAUUUAGUAGUUAGAAGUUGAAAUUGAUCUUUAACCGUUAGUGAUGG